CCUUCUUCCCAGCGUUACCCGUUUGACAAUGUCGAACAACAGCCCAUCUUACCUCACCCUCAUCAAGAACCGUCUCCAGAAAAUCGAUCGGCUCGAUCCUUUUCCAAAUCUUACCACGUUUGUGGGUGAGCAAAUGUGCAAACCGCGACUGGUGAUUCUGACGACGAUCUUGACCAAGAUCUGUCUUGAUCGGAUUUACAGCUAUGCAAAGAUUGUCAAUCCCAAUUGUGCACUCGACGCUUCAGGAGAACAAACGCUCGAUAUUCUCGAAUACUAUCACCCACAAACGCCAGAGGACGUGUAUAACUUUCUGGUUGGUUAUGGUGCCAAAGGACGACAAGCGUACCUGAGCCUCUUGUUCUAUGAUAGUGGAUUCUUGCUAUGCCGCACACUGCCAUUAUGCUUGUUGACGUACUUUGGUUUCAAGCAAGCGCCUCAGUGGGUACGACCGGGCGUGUGGCUCCAUUUGGUGACGACGGGCUGGGACCUUUGUGAAAACGUGCUGUUGUAUUAUCUGAUCAAGAUGUAUCCUUCCCGUAUCAAUUUCGUUGCUUGGCUUGCUUCUGGGUUCAUUCAAGGCAAAUGGAUCCUUUUCUGGAGUUCGAUCACACUCAUCUGCAUUUCCAUGGUGUUUGCAAUCUACCACGGUUUCCAUGGCAUGUUGCGCGACUCGGUAUUGAUGGAAAAGGAUAAGCGAGAAAAGGCAAAUGCGCGUCGUCACGUCAAUGACGCUUUGCAGAGACAGCGCAAUAAGGCAGCGACAUCCUCGUCCUCGAAACCAUCGGCUGCUGCUGCUGCUGCUGCAAAGAAAGAGGUAUAAACUUUCAUUGCUUCAACAAGCUUGUACAUUUUCUUUAGUCUUUUUCGUUGGUGUUGGAUUUAAUUGCUAGUUCUUUGCUUUGUUAUUUGUUUAAAGUGCAUUUCAUAAUUUCUUUAUUGUGUGAUUUCGCGCAAUAGAAGUAAAAAAAAAAGUCGCCCCAAUAGUGAAAGUGAAAUAGGUGGACUGGCACAGUGGUAUUGGUUUUGGACGAAUGCUUCGUGCUGCA